AUGGAUAUUGAUAUCACGGACAUUAAAAGACAUAACAGUUUAACAAGCCCUAAAAUUAAACGGGCACCAAUUGCUAAGAGGGUAGGAAGGGAGCGUUGUCAUAGCUAUCAUGCUCAAGGUUCAGAUAAAACAGCAGAAACUCGACUGGCACCAAAAUGUAAAUAUUAUAAUUUCUUCUUAUAUUUAAACAUGUCGUUUAGAGUGGUUCGUAGUUCUAAAUUCCGCCACGUUUAUGGGCAAGCCCUGAAAAGGGAACAGUGUUAUGAUAACAUCAGAGUAUCGAAGAGUUCGUGGGACUCUACAUUUUGUGCAGUGAACCCUAAGUUUCUGGCUAUAAUCGUCGAAUCGGCAGGUGGAGGCGCCUUCAUAGUCUUGCCUCAUAACAAGGUCGGGCGCAUCCCAGCCGAUCACCCACUAGUGGGCGGACACAAGGGCCCGGUGCUGGACAUCGCGUGGUGUCCCCACAAUGACAAUGUUAUAGCUAGCGGUUCUGAAGAUUGUGUAGUGAAGGUAUGGCAAAUCCCAGACGGCGGUCUGUCCAGGACGCUAACAGAGCCGGUGGUGGACCUAGUGUACCAUCAGCGACGAGUGGGCCUCGUGCUGUGGCACCCCACUGCACAGAAUGUUCUACUGACGGCUGGGUCCGACAACCAGAUAGCGAUAUGGAACGUGGGCACCGGCGAAGUGCUCAUCAGCCUGGACUGCCACCCGGACCUCAUCUACUCGGCGUGCUGGAACUGGACGGGAUCUAAGCUGCUGACCACGUGUAGGGAUAAAAAGAUCAGAAUAAUCGACCCGCGCAAAGGAGAGGUGGAGUCAGAAGCGAUCGCUCACGAGGGAAGCAAAGCGUCUCGAGCUAUCUUCUUGAAACAUGGCCUUGUUUUUACUACUGGGUUCAGCCGCAUGUCGGAGCGGCAGUACACGCUGCGCACGCCGGACGCGCUGGCCGAGCCCAUUGUCACGGUGGAGAUCGACACCAGCAACGGCGUCAUGUUCCCGCUCUACGACCCCGACACCAACCUCGUCUACCUCUGCGGGAAGGGCGACUCCGUCAUACGCUACUUUGAGGUCACUCAUCCUUGGUAUACGGUAACUCCGGAGCCGCCGUUCGUGCACUACAUCAACACGUUUCAAACGCCCGAUCCACAGAGAGGCAUCGGCAUGAUGCCGAAGCGUGGCUGCGACGUGGCGACGUGCGAGAUCGCCAAGUUCUACCGCCUGAAUAACUCGGGCCUCUGUCAGGUGGUCUCUAUGACGGUGCCGCGCAAGUCGGAGCUGUUCCAGGAGGACCUCUACCCCGACACGCUUAGCGACGAGGCCUCGCUCACGGCGGACGAGUGGCUCGCUGGCGACGACGCCGAGCCCUGCACCAUGUCGCUCAAGGAGCGCGCGCUGCUUGUACAGGGCGGGUACGUGGCGGGGCGCGCCACGCAGCUGCAGGUCACCAAGCGCAACGCGCUCGCCACGCCGCGCGACCGCGACCGCGACCGCGGCGACCGCGACCGCGACGCCGAGCGGUCGCCGACGCCCGCGCAGCGCGACUCGCAGGCGACCACGCCGGCCUCGGCGACGCCGCCGCCGGCCUUCACUGCUAUGGUCGAAAAGCAGCUCUCCGAUCUAGUAGAGGAGAUCCGCAAGCUAAAAUCAGUCAUAGUGAAACAGGAGAACCGCAUCCGCGCCCUCGAGGCCACGGUCAAGGCGGGCCUGGCGCCCCCCGGGCCCCCCGCGCCCGCGCCGCCGGCCCCCUCGCCCCCCGCCGGGCCCCCGGCGCCCCCCGCCGGACCCCCCGCGCCCUCGCCGAACAACCACGACGACGCCAUGGCGCCAGAUGAGGUU